AUGUCAGACAGAAAGCCUUCAACAGAAGAAGAAACAAAAUAUGCCACUUCCUCUGACGAAAUUACGAAGAAAGAUCCAGAGGUGGAGGACAAGUGUUUGAGAGAUGAGUUUGUGUCUCUACAGGAGCUGGAAGAUGUUCUGCACUCAGGUCCUCACUCAUGUCACCAUGGAGAUGAAGUUUGGCCCCAAUUGUAUUUAGGAGACAUGGUCAUGUCUCAUGACAAGUUCUUGCUAUGGCAGCUGGGCAUCACUCAUGUGCUAAAUGCCUCACACGGCAAACUCUGCUGCAGAGGCAGCGACGAUUUCUAUGGCACCACAGUGAAAUAUUACGGAGUUCCAGCUAACGAUCUGCCAACUUUUGACCUCUCACCAUUUUUCUAUCCCGCUGCAGAGUUCAUUCACCAAGCUUUAACAUCAGGAGGGAAAGUUUUUGUGCACUGUGCAGUGGGUGUGAGUCGCUCAGCAGCUUUGGUCCUAGCUUACCUAAUGAUUCAUCAUCAGCUCAGCCUUUUGUCCUCCAUACGCUGUGUGCAACAGAAGCGUUGGAUUUUUCCCAAUAGAGGAUUCCUACGCCAGCUUCUUGACCUGGACCAAAAACUACUGGAGGAAAGGCUCAUCAAUAAUUAG